UAACGCCGUGUGAACGGAACACAGCUGCAUCCACACAGGAGCCGGAGGUCAAGCCGGGGUAUAAAACCGGGCCGAGGAGCCUUGGUCCCAGGUACAAGCGCCCUGACUGCCUGCAGACAUGCUCAACCUUCUGCUGCUGACGAGCCUCGCCGCCCUGGCGCUGGCUGAGCCCGAGCCCAGGUACCUGGAGGACAGCCUGCAGCGAGUGGUGGGAGGCGAGGUGGCCCGACCCAACUCCUGGCCCUGGCAGAUCUCUCUUCAGUACUUGUCAGGCAGCAGUUACUACCACACAUGCGGGGGCACCCUGAUCCAGAGGGGCUGGGUCAUGACCGCUGCUCACUGCGUGGACAGGGUGAGGACGUGGCGUGUCGUUCUGGGGGAACAUGACAUCAACGCUAACAGCGGCAGGGAGCAGGUCAUGACCGUGAGCCGCGUGCACAUCCACCCCGGCUGGGACUCCGGCCGCGUGUCCGGGGGGUUCGACAUCGCCCUUCUGCGUUUGACCUCUGAGGCCACCCUGAACUCCUACGUCCAGCUGGGCUCUCUGCCCCCCGCCAACCAGAUUCUGCCCCACAACAACCAGUGCUACAUCACGGGAUGGGGUAGCACGUCCACCGGCGGCAGCCUCUCCGCUCAGCUGAAGCAGGCCUACCUUCCUCUGGUCGACCACAAGACCUGCACCAGCUCCGGCUGGUGGGGCAGCACCGUCAAGACCAGCAUGGUGUGCGGUGGAGGGGGGGCCGAGGCCGGGUGCAACGGCGACUCCGGCGGCCCUCUGAACUGCCUGGUCAGCGGCAAGUACCACGUGCACGGCAUCGCCAGCUUCGUGUCCGGUUUGGGGUGCAACGCCCCCAAGAAGCCCACCGUCUUCACCCGAGUCUCCGCCUACAUCGACUGGAUGGACACGAUCAUGAAGUAAACGGACGAGUCACAUGAAGACAGAGGAUGCACCAAACCAUGUCAUUCAAAUAAAGUUUAUUAAACAUUCCUC